UUGCCAGGAGGUGAUGGGACCAGUGGCCAUGAUCUUGGUUUUUUUGAUGUUGAGCUUCAGACCAUAUUUUGCGCUCUCCUCUUUCACCCUCAUUAAAAGGUUCUUUAAUUCCUCCUCACAUAUGGACCUAGUAGUGAUUACUUAUUGGUGAGGAACAGCCCUUUGUGCAUACAUAUGCAAAGAAACCCUUACCUGUGUUCUAGAGCAGAAGCCUGGUGUUGAGAACAGGUUGCAGUGUUAAUGGAUCAAAUUAAGCCCACAGAGAUGAUGAGCAGAGCUCUUGCCCAUGCUUUCUGAGUGGGCUCUCAUCAGCAGGCACUGGUAAAUCAUAAUUAUUUGCUCAUUGUAACUAGAGAGACAAGCAACUUUUCUGGAAGCUGCAAUGCAGGUCCCUGUGCAGUUGCACCCAGCGCUUGGCUGGCACCAGCCAAUUAAUUCAGGGAUCAAGAUGGAUUUGAGUGAUGAACCUAUUCUUACUUUAUUUUGUUGGAAUGAGAAUUGAAAAAACAAAAUACGGAGGUUCUUGCCCUUAUUUGAGUACAAAAUAGUAUGUAUUAUUGUGUGUUUGUUUUUUAAUAUGCAGUGUGGGGAAUGGCUACUUGGGCUUUGGUUCAAUGCCAGUUUAGGUCUUAGUGUUGGGGCAUCCUAUUGCCCUCUAAUUUUAUUUUAUUACUCUUUCAGUUUAAGGUUACUCAUUUUGUCUAUUGCCAUUCUAUUUAAGGUGCCUAUUGCACUCAGCUUUGAACUUUUGGAAAGCUGUCAAUACAUUUUAAAAUAAAUUUUCAACUUUUCAAUCCAAUCAGAGGAGCUACUAAAUGGAAACGGGGCGGGGGGGGGGGAGUUCCCAGAAUACCUGUUGGCUCCUCCUCUCAAUGGAAUGGAAUCAAAGCAGGAUUGCAUUUUUGCUUUCCCCCCACCCAUGCAUCAAUUCCUUGCACAAAGCAUGCAGUUCAAACUCCUCAAUCAAUUAUGUAAACUGUGGUGAAGAGGUAGCCAGGGAAAUAGUUGCAAGAUUUGCAUUGCAGCUUUCAAACACCAGAGUCAUCAUUGGCAAAAAGAAUGCUUUCAAAUAGCUGAACUAAAGUCAUGGUAUACUGUAUAGCAGUGUAGCCAUGUAGAUAAGUGCUAACCCUAAAAGCUUGCCUGUGUUCUUUCCUAGAGCUUGUUUGAAGGGCAAUGCAACCAAACUCCUUGCCAAGACAGACCUUUUUUUCCCCCAAGCCCUGGCUAAUUGCCACAUUUCUUUACAUUUUAAUUUGACUGGUGUGCAGAAUUAUGAGAUGUCACAGUUUUGUGUGAACAUUUGCCUAAAAGCUCACCAUUGCACAUGCAAGCCACCGAACGACAACUGAGGCAAUAGACUCCCCUCCUGCUCUCUUAGCAGUACAUGAUGUUCCUGGCUGCUUGAAUCCAUGUGAGCAGCUGCUCGCACUAGAAAUAGCUGCUUUGGCUUUCCUUGCUAGCUUUCAGAAAUAUACUCUUAAAUGACUGAUAUUUAGAAUCAUAGAAUCAUAGAGUUGGAAGAGACCACAAGGGCCAUCCAGUCCAACCCCCUGACAAGCAGGAAACACCAUCAAAGCAUUCUUGACAUAUGCCUGUCAAGCCUCUGCUUAAAGACCUCCAAAGAAGGAGACUCCACCACACUCCUUGGUAGCAAAUUCCACUGCCGAACAGCUCUUACUGUCAUGAACGGUGUUGAAUGGUGUUCCUGCAUGCCCGUUGGGUGUGAGAGAUUGCAGGCAAACAUAACUACUAUACAGGACUUCUAGUUAGCGCAUGAAUGGGUAGAGGAAAAUAGAGUUGUGUUGCUAGACAGACUCAGCUAGGCACAACCCUCUCCUUUGGAGAGGGAGGAAGUGAAGCCUUUCCACUUCCUUUCUCCCUCCCUCCUUCCCACACAAUGUAACCAACGAAGGAUAGCAUGUGAAAGCUUGCUCCCAAACUUUGAGCACUGGUUUGGAACUAUAUUCUGUAUUUUCUACCCAAGGGUUUUCUUCCUGUACUACCCGUGUUGCUGCACGGAACAAUGCAUGACUGAUACCUUGAGUCUGCAAGUGAAACAUUUUAAACUUAACAUUGUGUGGUCUGCUGAUUGCAAGAGGGCUAGAAGCUCAACGGCAUAAAAAGGUUUAGCAACCUGUAUUCCUAACACUUUAUAGUGCCGCUUAUUGUUAUGAGUUUAAUACUUUGCCACUGGGGUUCUCUUUUUGCUAGCCCCAUGUUUUGAAUCCAAGCACCCCGCCAAUUCUUUUGUUGUUCACCCACACACAUGGGUCCACAGGGAUUCAUAUACUGUAUUUAAUUUCCUCCCACAGAAGGUGGGAUUGAAUGUAACAUAGAUGGGCCGCUGGCCUGAUCCAGUACACCCCUCUUAGGUACCCAUAAGCUAUAAUGCCCUUCUAAUACAGCGAGAGUAAAUACUACAAGUAACAGUGCAGAUUCCAUUACUUGUUUGCUCUACUGGCUGGUAUUCUGUUACAAAGGGUGGAGUGCUUUGAACAUAGGAAUGUAUUGUGUCACCGAAUCCUCAGGUCCCAUUCCUCUGAAUACUGUACUUUUGAGUGGGCGUUCUUGCAUUAUGUAAAUCUCUGCAUAUUAAGAGCAGAGCCCACUGCUUCUCUUUAAUUACAGACACAGCGGGAAGCGGCUAUUGUUGAUUCUUAUAAUCUCUGGAAAUGUACUUCAUUGUGGUAUCCCUUCAGCAAUCUUGCACAUUAACAGUCCUCACUGAAUUAAAAUGGUGAGAUCCCAGUACUUGAAGACAUUUAUAUGAAAGAGAUCCUUUUUGGCACCUUAUAGGGAAGUGUGUCCAAUAUGAGCCACACAAAUAGUCAUUAUGUAGGCUGAAAUGAGCUUCAUGAAACUUGCAGAUCAAAAUCUUGAAAAACGUGGAUGAAAUGUACUUUAUAGAUUUUGCAAAUGAAAGUCUUUUAUAACAAUCCUCAUGUAAGAGCUUAUAAUUUAAGAUCUUGUCAUAUAUUUCACCCUGUUUGAAUGUACCUAGUAGAUAACAGUAUAUUUUGUCUGGUUUUACGGUAUUUUAUAUUGUGCACCACCUUGAGAUUUUAUGAGUGGGGCUGUAAAUGAAUACUUUUAUAGAACAUGUCAAAGAUUGUCUCCCCCCCCCCAAAGAAAACGGCAUCUUAAAAAAACCCUACACCUUUGAUGUUCUACGCAACCACAAGAAUGUAAAAAAAGAGUAAAGCUAGUAACCUUAUAUAGUCUCUUGCUCUGAUCUGGUGUUGCCUCCCCCUCCUGAAGCAUCUUUACUCUCAAAAUGCUAUCUAUACUGGAUGAUUUUCCUCUUUGUGGGUUUGAUUAUAUGGCAAUAUUCUGCUACAACUUAAGUGUAACACCUGGAAUGCAUUUUUUGGAUGUGACUAAUACUCUCUCAAUUUUGUCCUCCAGUGGGGAAGACCUCUUUGAUCACCAGAUUCAUGUAUGACAGCUUUGACAACACCUACCAGGCAACUAUUGGCAUCGACUUCUUAUCAAAAACCAUGUACCUGGAAGAUCGCACAAUCAGGUUGCAGCUGUGGGAUACUGCGGGUCAGGAACGUUUCCGUAGCCUCAUUCCCAGUUACAUCCGUGACUCUGCUGCUGCUGUAGUAGUUUACGAUAUCACAAAUGUAAACUCAUUCCAGCAAACCACAAAAUGGAUUGAUGACGUCAGAACGGAAAGAGGUAGCGAUGUCAUCAUAAUGCUAGUAGGGAACAAAACAGAUCUAGCAGAUAAGAGGCAAGUAUCUAUUGAAGAAGGGGAGAGGAAAGCCAAAGAGCUGAAUGUAAUGUUUAUUGAAACUAGCGCAAAGGCAGGAUACAAUGUAAAACAGCUUUUCCGACGUGUGGCUGCUGCCUUGCCUGGGAUGGAAAGCACGCAGGACAAAAGCAGAGAAGACAUGAUCGACAUCAAACUUGAAAAGCCUCAAGAGCAGCCAGUCAGUGAAGGCGGCUGUUCGUGCUAAUAUAGUGUGUUGCUUUUCUCUUACCUUUCUCCAGACCAUCACUGCUUCUUCCUCUCCCCCCCCUUCCCCUCCCCAGACUCAUUGGCAGCAAUGUGACUAUUGGCUUGCCCACCCCCACCCCGCCCACCCCAUCCGUAACGUAGCCGCGGUUCAUCAUUGCUGCUUGUCUCGUGAAGAUGAUCUGUUAGCUUCACAAGCACAAAAGAAAGUCAGUGUCUUCGUUAUUUAUAAGGAAGUUUCGAAAGGAGCCAAAACGAUCCUAGCGUAUUUCAGUGAUUCUUUUUUGAAAACAGCAGCCCCACCAGAAAGAUAGGUACAAAUUUGGUAACUUUUUUUGAAAUGUUUCAAUAUUGCACUUACAGAAUUAGUGGAAAUGGGAGUAGAACGUUUGGAUUUGGUGAAAAGGAGUGUGCAGGGUAAAAAUGAGUCGGCACCCAAGGCAGGUAGCGUGGAGCAGUCCUCAGAUGUUCAGCCUGUUCUUUUGCAAAAAACCAAAACUAGCCUGCUUUGCCUUUUUGGUUGAGAUCCUCUGGCCAUUUCCCCCCCCCCUAAACAGUAGCCUUUUUGAAAAGCUAAUAAGAUGCUUUUUGUAAAGGGGCAAAGUUGCAGGUACUGUUCCCGGGGGUUUAGAAACGGUUCGCUCUACAUAGAAGCCCCACAGAACAAACGAACCAGUUUGCAGUGCAGGCUGGAAUGUCUUCAGAAUGAGGAUGGGGGGAGGCACAGAGGCUUCAGACAGGUUCUGGCACUAUAGACAACUUGGUCAAGCUGUGAAUCCGUCUCUGAAAAGAGACACCUUCGCUGGCAACCAUUUAAAGAUCCAGCAUAAAGUUAAUACGUAACGAGGGAGGUGAGGAGACAGAGCAGAAGAGACUAUUCAAGAUAAAUGGAAAGGGAGGGGGGUACUUGUAAAAGUAGAUUUUAAAAGUCCCUUAGAUGAAAAAGGAAGGGAACAAAAGAUGGAAACAAAACUUUUAAAAUUAUGCAGACUUUUGCCUUUGUUUUUAGCAUUUUUUAUUAUUAUUAUUUUGGGUCUUCAGAGUCUUGAGUAUUUGUUAUUUCCGCGUAGUUUGGUUAAAUAAUUGGUUGUUUAGUAUUACGUUUUAACUGGACUACAAUUAACCGUGGUAACCUUCAAUAUUUAUUUCUUUGCUUUUUUUUUUUACUGUCUUCAAGGGUAUAUAUAUUUUUUUUGUGUGGGGGCGGGAGGUGUUUGUUAAUCUAUUUAGAGCUUUGGCAAUGUCACGAGAUAUAGCUAUCCAAGAAACACACUGGGAAGUGGACACACAUUCACAUGCUCACUCUAGAAGUGCACUCUUAAUCUGUACUAGUCAUUGUGAAGUUGCUGUGUAAGUUAACACAACUGUAAAUACAUUGUUUGUAGGAGGAGCGUUUGCAGCUGGGGAGGGGUGCAAUCCAGGAAAGGCCUCUCGAGUUUCCGUUUUUCUAAGUGAUUGUUUAAAAUGGGGGGGAGGGGGAAUGGGGGGAGAACUGGCUCUCCCUUUCUAUCUUCAAUGCCCCCCUUCACUUUCGGGGGGGGGGAAGUCCCCUCCCCAAGCACCCCAGCUUCGGAUGUGCACACGCAAAGUCUCUCUGUUCCUGCAUUGUGGAAUUGGAAUGGCAAAUUCAUCACUUUGACCUGAGUUUCCAGUAACUUUGCAUUAUACCAGCAAUGUCAUCGUACGUUUAAAGGGCAGAACAAGACACCCCAAUGCUUUUUAAUGCAAUAUUGAAGAGGUGGUUUAUCUUUCCCUUUCCCUUUUCCUUUCUGGAAGUAGCAUGUCUGGAAUUAAGCGUUGAAAUAUGGCGACAACAGAUGGAUGUGUUCUUUUCCCGAAAAGAAACGAAAGGGGAGGCCUGGCUACUUUUCCUGUAUCGUUGUAUUCUAUGUGUGCGAAGAGAAAAAAAAAAAGACCACAAAAAAUUUAAAAACAUGAUCCAUCUUGCUGCUUUUUAAUAUUGAGUUUUCCGUGGCUUGGGUUCUUAAAGCAAUGAAAAUGUGUACACGGGUUGGAUUUUUUUAAACAUGCACAGAAUUUUUUGCUUCCAAUAAAGUAUCUAAUCAAAACACUAAAA